AUGUCUUCAGAUCUACCGCUCGAGAUUGGAGAGACAUUACAAAGUCUCUCCAUCAAUCGCAAUCCCUCUACGACCCAUGAUAUCAACCCGAGCACUGCCGCUUCAGAAAAAAUACCCGUGACGCUCGAGGAGACAACUCUGGACGCCGAGUCGUAUUCUUCGUCGCUUGCCGGCUCAGAUAUUGACGAUGAAGUAGAAUACUCAUAUAAUAUUAUCCGCCCAGCACGCCGGCGGCAGUCACUCCCUCCGCUUCCGGAUCUCCGAUUCGAACAGAGCUAUCUAGCUAGCAUUGCGGGCGCGGAGACCUACCAGAUGGUUGCAUAUAUCACAAUAAGAGACCAAGUAAUCCUCCCUCUGCUUCAGGGCACGAUGUGGACACUUGCUCUCCAAGGCUGGCGUCACUGGAAUAGAGGCACAAAGCUCUCUGGCAAAAAUGCUGGUGCACGAAUUCGACGCUGGUGGUGGAGGGUUAACAACUGGCCGCUAGACCAGAGCGCAUCUUCAAUUAUAAGGUCGGCGAGCAAGGACAAGAAAUUAGCCUUUAAAACUAAGGAGGUGAGAGGCGACCCGUUUUCGUGA